AUGAAGUCGAAUUUGGACCUGGUCAAUGAGUGUGAUGUCUUCCCCUAUCCGGACAAAGACCCAGAAGCCUACGCCGCACUCUUCAAGACGCUGUACACCCUCGUCUGGGACGAUGUACCUAUCGGCUACAUGCUCGAGAGCGUCGUCGACCAGCUGAAGCAAGUCCCCGUCAGCAUCAAAGGCGAGCUCGAAGCCAACCGCUUCACGCGCACCGUGUCCAUCUUCCGGCACCUAGACACGGAAGAGGAGCGGGACAAGGCCGUAGCGGCCACCACGGCAUACUGGCGCGACCACAAGACCUUUGAGCUUCUUUCCGGAUGGAGGAAUGAGUUGUAUCCUGUGUACGGCCCGGGGAAUCGGCGGCUGUUUAGCGUGGAGAGAUCGGCCAGCACGCUGUUUGGCAUCGUUACGUAUGGCGUCCACAUGACGGCGUUCGUGAGGGAUCAGAAUGCGUCGUAUGGUUUGAAGAUCUGGGUCCCGAGGAGAUCGAGGGGGAAGCAGACGUAUCCUGGGAUGCUGGAUAAUACAGUAGCAGGCGGCAUGGCCACAGGAGAAGAACCCUUCGAGUGUCUCGUCCGCGAAGCCGACGAAGAAGCCAGCCUGCCCGAGCAGCUCGUCCGGCAACACGCCCAGCCCCAGGGCACCCUGACCUACAUGUACAUCCGCGGAGGGCAGGCCGGCGGCGAAGAGGGCAUGAUCCAACCGGAGUGCCAAUACGUCUACGAUCUCGAACUACCCGCCGACGUCGUCCCCAAGCCAAACGACAGCGAGGUCGAAGCCUUCUAUCUGUGGACCGUCGAGGAGGUCCAGGAGCACCUGGCUAAGGGCGAGUUCAAACCGAACUGUGCGCUCAUGGUCUUGGAUUUCUUUAUUAGGCAUGGUAUCUUGACGCCGCAGAAUGAGAAGGAUUUCGAGGAGAUUAAGAGUAGGCUUCGUAGGGAGUUGCCGUUUCCAGGGCCACAUAAAGCCUAG